AUGGUCAAAGACUGUCCGCCCGAUCGCCGUCCCAACGACACUUUUCAAAUCGCAUUGCGCGCAGCGGUGACGGCAGUUGGUGGCGGCGAAUACGAACCGGUUCCAGCUCGAACAGCAAUGGUGGGAGGAGAACGUGAGGAGGCAGCGGGGAAAAAAACAUCCGUCACUAGCGUCGUCGGUCCGGUGAACUUCAUUGGAUAA